AUGAAGUUCUUUCUGCUUACGGUUGUUGUCUCCACCACCCUUGCGACUGCUCCUGUCCGCUUUGACAGGGAGAAGAUAUUUCGUGUGACACCCGUGGAUGAAAAGGAAGCAAGAGUCUUGAAGGACUUGGCCCAGAUCAUUGAGCUUGAUUUCUGGUAUCCAGAUGCUACCCAUGAUGUCGCUGCUAAUAUGACAGUGGAUUUCCGAGUUAGUGAGAAGGAGUCUCAAACUAUCCAGUCUACCUUGGAACAGCAUAAAAUGAACUAUGAAAUCCUGAUACAUGAUCUACAAGAAGAGAUAGAGAAACAGUUUGAUGUGAAAGAUGAAGUCUCAGGCAGGCACAGUUAUGGAAAAUACAAUGACUGGGACAAGAUUGUUUCUUGGACUGAAAAAAUGGUAGCAAAACAUCCUGAAAUGGUGUCAAGAAUUAAAAUUGGAUCAACUGUUGAAGAUAAUCCAUUAUAUGUUCUCAAGGUUGGGAGGAAAGGUAAAGAAAGAAAGGCUAUCUUCAUUGACUGUGGCAUUCAUGCACGGGAAUGGGUCUCUCCAGCUUUCUGUCAGUGGUUUGUCUAUCAGGCAACUAAGAGUUAUGGGAAAAAUAGAAUCAUGACCAAACUCCUGGACCGGAUGACUUUUUACGUUCUGCCUGUAGUCAAUGUAGAUGGAUAUAUUUGGUCAUGGACACAGAACCGAAUGUGGAGAAAAAACCGUUCCAAGAACCAGAAUUCCACCUGCAUUGGCACUGACCUCAACAGGAACUUCGAUGUCUCAUGGGACUCUUCUCCAAAUACCAAUGACCCAUGCCAGGAAGUCUAUAGGGGCCCUGCACCAGAGUCUGAAAAAGAGACAAAAGCUGUCACUAACUUCAUUCGAAGCCAUCUGAAUUCAAUCAAGGCGUAUAUCACCUUCCAUUCCUACUCCCAAAUGCUAUUAUUUCCUUAUGGCUACACAUCCAAACUGCCACCCAACCACAGUGACCUGCUCAAGGUUGCCAGGAUUGCCACUGAUUUUCUCUCGUCUAGAUAUGAAACCCAUUACAUCUAUGGCCCAAUAGCAUCAACAAUUUAUCCGACAUCAGGCUCUUCUUUAGACUGGGCUUAUGACCUGGGCAUCAAACACACAUUUGCCUUUGAGCUCCGUGAUAAAGGCAAAUUUGGUUUCCUUCUUCCAGAAUCCCGGAUAAAGCCAACAUGUAAAGAAACCAUGCUUUCUGUCAAAUUUAUUGCUAAGUAUAUCCUCAAGAAUACUUCCUAA